AUGGAGAAACUUCUGCAGCAAAUCACGAGCCUGUUCCUCAUGUUGCCUUCACAUGGCCCUGCGCCACUUAUCGGAACUCCCGAGUUCACCCCACAACUCUCGAUUAAAAACAACGCACCCUGCCCGCCAUUUUGUGUGGCCGUCACACGCCGGGGCGGGGACUCGAACCCGCCGCCGCUCCGCCCUUCCUCUCCGCCAUUCGCGGGCGGAGUAACUUGUCCGCCGCGGGCCACCGUCUGCCGGCUGUGCGCUGCCGUGCGGGUCCGGGCGGGUACAGUGGUAGCAGGAGGAGCCGUCCUGCGUGUGAGGCCAGUCCGGCCCGGCUGCCGCGCCGCCAUGAGCGAGAAGGGCGAGCUGGACCUCACGGGGGCCAAGCAGAACACGGGCAUGUGGCUGGUGAAGGUCCCCAAAUACUUGUCUCAGCAGUGGAGUAAAGCCUCAGGAAGAGGUGAAGUGGGAAAGCUGAGGAUUGCCAAAAAUCAAGGAAGAACAGAAGUGUCAUUUACUUUGAAUGAAGAGCUUGCAAGCAUCAGUGAUAUUGGAGGAAAACCCGCUUCUGUCAGCGCACCAAGGGAGCAUCCAUUUCUUUUGCAAAGUGUGGGAGGACAGACCUUAACAGUGUUCACAGAAAGUUCAACAGAGAGCCAACCAGAAGAAAAAUCUGAAAGUGGCAGCUAUGAUAAACUUUCCCUGGAAGGAAUAGUGGUGCAACGUGCUGAAUGCAGACCUGCAGCUAGUGAAAAUUACAUGAAACUAAAAAGAUUUCAGAUAGAGGAAUCUUCUAAACCUGUAAGGUUAUCACAGCAACUGGACAAAGCAGUAACCACCAAUUAUAAACCUGUGGCUAAUCAUCAAUAUAAUAUUGAAUAUGAAAAGAAAAAGAAAGAAGAUGGAAAACGGGCUCGAGCUGAUAAACAACAAGUAUUGGACAUGCUCUUUUCAGCCUUUGAGAAACAUCAGUAUUACAACAUUAAAGACCUGGUGGACAUAACCAAACAGCCAGUGAUAUACUUGAAAGAAAUUCUAAGAGAAAUAGGCAUCUACAACGUGAAGGGGACCCACAAAAACACAUGGGAGCUGAAGCCAGAAUAUAGACAUUACCAAGUAGAAGACAAAAGUGAUUAAGGAAACUGCUCAUGAAGCAAAAGAGAACAACGGAGGAGAGUGAUUGCAGUGAGGGAGCUGUCAUGGGUUUGCAGACAGGACUGAGCACAGCGUAACUCUGCAAGGUUAAAUUUAAAUGAAAACAACCAAUACUUUGUAAUUUUCCUUAGCUCCAUUUGUUUUUCAAAGGAAUAUUUCUUUUAAGUUUCUAUAAAUGUUUGUCUUUUGACAAAAAAAAAUAUUUAUAGAAUAAACUUGGAUUAGAUUAAUCUUUAUUAGAAAUCUUUUUACGUUCUGACUUGCUUUUUCUUGAUAGCUUUGUGGUUCUUCUAAGCCUCAAUGACUUGGAAGGGCAACGUGUCCCAGAGAAACCUGUAACUUCCGUUUUUUUGCAUCCAAGUAGAACCAGGUUCAUGCUCUCACUUCUGCUGUCAUCCUUCAGGACUUCACCUGGGAGGCUCUAAAGUCGUGCAGUGCUUGUGUAGUGAUUGGUGCACAGACACUGUGCUCCUUUGGCAGUCAGGCUUUAGGAAGAACAGCCAAAACAGUUCAUCACAGCCUUGAGACUUCAUGGGAACAGAUCAGCACAGCUAGAAAACCUUAAAACAAGGGCUAUUAGAUACACAGUUCUGUGGGAAAGAUGACAGUCCCUUCUAGGUGACGACUGAGGGAAAAAGAGAACUGUCUGCUAGGUACAUCAGGAAAUAGAUAUAUCUUAUGCUUUUUUUUUUAGUGUUACCUAUGUUUUGUGUUCAAGCAUACCAAUAAAAGCAUUGUUUUAAUUUGUA